AUGACGCUCUCAGGCACAGGGCUGACUGUCAUCGCCGCUUUGUGGCUCCUGCUAGAUGUCGCCUUCCUCGUGUCUCUGUUCCUCCAUGUGCUGGGAGACUGUGCCCGCCGGGGCUCUACACUCUGCGCCGUCUUCCAGGAUCUCAUCCGCUAUGGAAAGACCAAGACCGGACGGGGGCGCCCAGCAUGGCUGCACUGCUUCGACCUGCCUAAGAGGUGGUUCUCGCACUUUUAUUACCUAUCCAUUUUUUGGAAUGGGGCACUGCUUUGGUUAGUUGUGCAGUCACAGCUGUUUGGUGUAGAAAUACCACAGUGGCUUCAGUCACUGCUUAAUUUCUUCAAGGAGCCACAACAAAAAAUAUCAGGUGGAGAGGUUUCUACUCUACUGGCUCUGUCCUUAAUAUGGCUGCAUAGCCUAAGAAGACUAGAAGAGUGCCUGUAUGUCAGCAUCUAUUCCAAUGGGGUUAUUCAUGUGGCUCAGUAUGGUCUUGGAGUUGGC